AUGCUGACAUACGUGAGUCAGGAGGAGCCUACUCGGCACACGACCACGGCAUUGGAGCGGUAUCGACACUUGAGACCCCCUGUGUUCAAAGGAAGGAUUGGCGAUGAUCCUAGCUCAGCCGAGUAUUGGCUAGAGCAAACCGAGAAACUACUUCAACAUCUCCAGUGUAGUGAAGAGGAGAAGGUAAGGUGUGCAACCUACACGUUGGAGGAAGAAGCAGGUCGGUGGUGGCAAUCUACCAAGCGUUCAAUAAUGAGGUCACACAAGGAGCGUGAGGCUAAAGAUGAGGAUGCACCAAUGUAUACCUGGGCAGGAUUCAAGGCAGAGUUUAACGCCAAGUACUUUUCUAAGAGUUUGAAGGAAGAAAGAAUCUGGGAGUUUAUGAGGCUCAAGCAGACGGACGAGAUGUCUGUGAGCCAAUACGAUAAUCGAUUCAUUCAACUGAUUAGGUACGUGCCCAUGUACGAAACUGACGAGAGUCAGAAGGCACAAAAGUUUGUUUCAGGAUUACAAGAACAUCUCCAGCAAGUUUUAAGUGGAUGGGACAUUGAAACUUACAAAGAAGCAUUGCACCGAGCUUUGACCAUUGAGAGAAAUCUGACACGAGCCAAGAUAAUUAAGACAGAGGAAGGAAGUAAGAGCGGUAAACCGGACAGUUCGAAGACUCAACCAAGGGAUGACGGGAAGUGCCCUUGA